CCCCUCAUUGUGAAUAACAGUUGAGUAUAAAAGGUUUGGUGCACCUCCUCACUGGACCUGGCAACGUUCCUGAAGUCCAGAGCUCAUCGCACAACCAUGCCUGUGGAUUUCACUGGAAAAUGGGAGCUGGAGUCAAGCGAAAACCUUGAAAAUUACCUUAAAGCACUGGACAUUGACUUUGCAAUCCGCAAGAUUGCAGCCCACCUUACUCCAGUAAAGACCUUUAUCCAGGAUGGGGACAACUUUGUGAUUAAGACACAGAGUGCCUUCAAGAGCUAUGAGCUGAGCUUCAGUGUUGGAGUUGAGAAGGAAGAAUUUACUAAGGGAUUUGACAACAGGAUGCUAAAGACUCUGGUGACCUGGGAAGGGGACAAAUUGGUGGCCAUCCAGAAAGGUGAGAAAGCCAACCGGGGAUGGAAACACUGGAUAGAAGAUGACAAACUUUAUCUGGAGCUGACAUGUGAGGACGUUGUGUGCCAGCAAGUGUACAAAAGAAAAGACUGAUUUGUGACAUGUGAUUCAGUUCAUGUUGUUCUGCUAUCAAGACUAUCAAAAUCAAGCUGUGUAUUAACCUGAUUAACACUCUCAACACUUCAUUAACCCCCCUAAACUAAAUAAAGAAAUUGAGAUGUUAAGACUCA